GCCCGCAGCGCUAUUUGAAUGUCGCUGUUUGGCAGCUGCUUCCUCGCUGUCUGAAUCGUGUUGUCUUGUGGUUUUAGCUGCUACAGAUGAUCUGAGGUUCUGUUCGCUUGUUUCCUGCGUCUUUCUUCUCGUCAUGUCCGCUGUGGAGGUUCGAGCUGCGCCGCUGCAGGCCGCAGAGGAGCCUCUAAAGAAGGGGAAAAGCUCCGCGGCGGUUCCGAGGAGAGCUGCUCUCGGAGAGAUCACCAACUUUACCGGAGCAGCGACCAACAUCAAGAGGAUGGGAGCUUCAAAGAAGUCCUCCAAAGGAUCCUGCUCCCAGAAACCUAAACUGGUCCAGGAAGAUGCUGUAGUGGUCCAGGUGGUCCCAGCUGCUGCAGAUCCGCUCCCUGCUCUUCCAGAGGAGUUGUCUGACGUGUCCAUGAAGGAGGAGCUGGAGCUGUGCCGGGCGUUCUCCGAGACGCUGCUGCCGGUGCAGGAUGUGGACGAGCAGGACGCAGAAGAGCCUCAGCUCUGCUCUCAAUACGUCAAAGAUAUCUACACCUACCUGCACCUCCUGGAGGUACAGCAGGCCGUACGGGCCGACUACAUGAAGGGGUCAGAGAUCACUGCUAACAUGAGGGCGAUCCUCAUCGACUGGCUGAUCCAGGUCCACUCCCGCUUCCAGCUGCUGCAGGAGACCCUGUACCUCACAGUGGCCAUCCUGGACCGCUUCCUGCAGGUCCAGCCAGUAUCCCGGAGGAAGCUGCAGCUGGUCGGGGUCACCGCCAUGCUGGUGGCCUGUAAGUACGAGGAGAUGUACUGUCCGGAGGUCGGAGACUUCUCCUACAUCACGGACAACGCCUUCACCAAGCCUCAGAUCCUGGAGAUGGAGCAGGUGGUCCUGAGGAAGCUCAAUUUCCAGCUGGGACGUCCGCUGCCGUUGCACUUCCUCCGACGAGCCUCCAAGGUGGCCAACGCUGACGUAGAGAAACACACUCUGGCCAAGUAUCUGAUGGAGCUGACCCUCCUGGACUAUGAGCUGGUCCACUACCGGCCUUCUGAGAUCGCCGCUGCUUCGCUGUGUCUCUCCCAGCUGCUGCUGGACGGGCUGCCGUGGUCACCCACGCAGCAGCACUACUCCACCUACGACGAGGCCCACCUGAGGCCCAUCAUGCAGCAUGUGGCCAAGAAUGUGGUGAUGGUGAACGAGGGGAAGACCAAGUUCCAGGCCGUGAAGAAGAAAUACUCCAGCAGCAAACUGAUGAAGAUCAGCCUCCUUCCUCAGCUGAGGUCCUCCAUCAUCCAGAAGCUGGCGGCUCCUCUCAUCAAUGAUCCCUGAGAUGAGCUAAAACAUCUUGGACUUUUCACUUGCACUCUAUAUUUAGAUUUGUUUUCUACCCUUGGAGUUUUUAUUAAAAUGUUUUUAUUCGUUUCCAUCCAAGCUUCGUUGUUUCGUCAGAAUCUUUUGUCAGUGGACCUUGAACUGCAUUGUGUGGAAGAAGAUGAGCUUCAGAAGUUUGUCUACAAACAGCUUCUGUGGAACAAAGACUACCUCGGAAAUAAGACCAGUUUUCUUGCUGAUUUAAAACCUUUUUGAAUCAUAUUAAUGCCGUGCAUCAACAUGCUGGGUUUAUAUUUUUGUGCAUCAAAUGAAAUAAAACCUGUUCAGAAACUCAA